AUGAACCCUCGUCAAAAUGGGGUUCCAGAUUAUGGGACCGGUAUUCUCCCGGUGAUACCUCCAGACGUGUCUUUGCCAGACCGUGAUCCACGAAGCAAUGCUGCUACCGCCGCUUCAGCAGCUGGUGUCCGCGCCCUGAGCACCCAAGUCAUUGCUUUUUACUUUCGUGCGCCUGCAAAGGCCUUUUUCAGAACACGAGUGGACUAUCUUGCCUAUGCAAGAAAUAUACACCAGGCGCAGACGCAGAUGCUAAUGAAAGCUGCUGCAAACGAUGCCUCUGCUUCAGCGUUUACUACACUUUUACGCCAAAGUUGGCUCCUACUGAGAAGUACCACACCUGGAGUUCUGACUUCAGCCAUCAGACACCAAGGAUGGAGUAUCGUACCGAACCAGAUUUUGCCACCUCUUAUUGCGAACGUUGGUGUUGGAGCAGUUUUGUAUACGAGUUAUCUCCAAAUUUUAGGACGACUCCAUGAAGAGAGCGGCCAAGCGCGGAAAAGAGUGUAUCCACCACCUCAUCCAACACAUACCUUCACAGCUGGUUUGCUUGCUGGUGGCCUUCAGAGUGUCUUAGCAGCACCUUUGGAUGCUCUUCAAGCGCGUUAUGAUCACACCGAUCUCAUGCCUAACGACGGCAGCGGUAAACCCAGGAGCAUGUGGAAAUUUGGAUGGGAAAAGCUUCGCGAAAUCGGUAUCAGGGGUAUUUUUGCAGGAUGGGGGUUGUCUCUCGCAAAGGAUAGUCUUGGAAGCGCUAUAUUCUUUAGCACAUUCGAAUACGUCAAGGCUCAGGGUUACUACCGUUUUGUUACGUGGUACUAUGGUGGCCUGGCAGAGGACAUUGUCGACGUGCUAGCUAUGAAGCGUCCUGCACACCAACAUCGUCAAGAAGAAGGCAUUAGGCUUAUCCGACCGCAUUACGCCCUCGAGCCCAUGUUCCUUCUACUCGGAGGUUUGGGUGCCUCAUUCACACAACAAAUUCUCCUCCACCCCUUGACACAUUUCCAAGUCAAGCACUGGGAUCAUCUCGAAGACCUCGACGCCAAAGCCGCCAAACUACGCGCGUCUAAAGUGGUCAAUCCAGAAAAGCCCCACCGGCGGUGGAGGAUGCUACGAGCUUACUAUCAUGCUUAUCAAGAAUCACUAGCUGUCUGUAGAACAGAGGCGGCGGCUGAAGGGCUGACCCUAACGAAAUGGCUCUACCGCGGGUUUUGGUGGAACGCAAUCCGCCAAGUGCCCAGCACGAGUGCGGGAUUGAUCAUUUUUGAGUUGAUACGGCGUAAGUACGGACUUGGACAGGAAGAAGUGAGGAUCACAAAGGGUGGAUAUGACAUUCUACUUCACUAA